GUGACGCUGCAGGUCAUGUGAUCAUGUCCUCUGGUUUUUAGAGCAGCUCUCAGUCAGACUGUGUCAGUGUUGGUGAAGUGAACAGAGGGACAUGGCUUCAUCCUUUCUCAGCUUCUCCCUCCUCUUCAUCGCUGUCUGCUCAGCAGAUGGAUUUCUGAACUACGUGUUGACUCGCUGUGAGUUUAACUCCACUGAUCUGAGUGACAUCGAGUUCAUCAGGUCGUAUGUUUACAACAGACUGGAGUUCAUCAGGUUCAGCAGCAGUUUGGGGAAGUUUGUUGGAUUCACUGAGUUUGGAGUGAAGAGCGCAGAACAAUGGAACCAAGGUCCGGAGCUGGCUCAGAUGAGAGCUGAGAAAGAAAGAUACUGUGUUCCUAACAUUAACCUUGAGUAUCAGGCUGCUCUGACUAAGACAGUCAAACCCUCUGUCAGGCUUCACUCCUCAUCUCCUCCUCCUGGUGAACAUCCCAUCAUGUUGGUCUGCAGCGUCUACGACUUCUACCCCAAACAGAUCAGAGUGAGCUGGACCAGAGACGGACAGGAAGUCACCUCUGAUGUCACUUCCACCGAGGAGCUGCCCAAUGGUGACUGGUACUACCAGGUCCACUCUCAGCUGGUGUACACACCCAGGUCUGGAGAGAAGAUCUCCUGUGUGGUGGAGCACGCCAGCCUGAAAGAACCUCUGGUUACUGACUGGGAUGCAGAAGAGUGAGGCAGGAUCCUGUCCUGGUCCUGGUUCUGGUCCUGGUGCUGGACCUGUUGCUUAUUGCCAAAUUGACGAAAAAUCAGCUGCUGCUUCUCCUGCUUCCUGUUCUGACUCUCAUGCUACCUGCUGGACUGACUGAACACCUGAUCAUCAGCUGGUCUAACUCUGAUCCAGGACUCUGAUCCUCAGCUGGUUUAAACCUGAUCCAGGACCAUCAGACUGGAUCACAGUCCUGUUGAUGGUCUCAACAUUUUCUCUGUGAACUGAAUCUGUGAGACAUUCAGGUUCUGACAGAAACCAUCAUCAGGACUGUGGUGUUUCCUGUGACAGUCCUGGAUCAGGUUUAAUCUGGACUCUGUUGGAUCAGCUGGAUCUGAACUCCGUGAUCAUAUCUGAUCCAGGUCUCUAUUGAUUGUGUGAUUGAUUCAUAAUAAACCCUCAGAAACUUGAA